AUGGCGUGUAAACCGCCAAUCUACAACGGGGAGGUUGACCCGAUAAUAUGCCAAAGAUGGAUAAGUGACGUUGAAGGGGUGUUUGAGGGGACCCAUUGUGACGUAGGUGACUUUGUUGCUUACAGGACGGGUCAAUUGAGGGGUCAAGCCAAGGAUUGGUGGGACAAUAAGAAGAAAGAAAUAGGAGCCGAAGCGGCGAGGGUUAUGACUUGGGAUGAGUUUAAGGUGCCAUUCCUUAAACACCAUUAUCCCAAAGCAGUUAUCAGCAGGAUCAAAGAGGAAUUUAUCCAAUUAAGACAAAAGGGAGAAUCAAUUGAUAAAAUCACGGGUAUCUUCAUGGAUAAGCUGAGAUUCUGUGACGAGUUAGUCACCACUGAAGAGCAGAAGAUAUACUACUAUUACAACAUGCUGAGUGCUGAAUACGUGGAGUUUAUGACUCCCUCAAAGUAUGAAACUCUCACUGAAAUCAUCAACACCGCCCGUGAGCGGGAAAUCGAGCUAAAGAAGCAAGUUGAAAGGGGUGAGCGAAGGGCACUGGAUGUGAAUCCAAGCCCUACAAAGAAAGCUAGAACUACUGAAGCAGGGAAGAAAGUGGAGGCUAAAGGCGGGUCGCCAAGUUGCAAGGUAUGUGGAAAGGGGCACAAAGGUGAGUGUCGCUUCAAAGAGAAACCAUGUCCAGUAUGUGGGAAGACGGGACACACUGCAUCCCUAUGUCCCGGAAAAGUUUCCGUUUGUUAUAAAUGUUAUCAACCCGGCCACACAAAGUCUGAAUGCCUCGAGUUGGUUGGGAAGAGAGACACAAAAGAGUCUCCAACGGAAGCUCCAAAGGCAAAGGCUAGGUCCUUCCAACUUACCGCGGCGGAAGCAAAGACAGAACCCGAUGUGGUCUCAGGUUGCAAAUUAAGCAUUGAUGAUGAAGAAUACUUAAUAGACCUAAUCCCAAUGUCAAUGGGGGAAUUUCAAGUAGUUGUUGGGAUGGAUUGGCUAUCUCAGCACCAUGCGAAGGUCGUAUGUUUUCGUAAGGAGAUAAAGCUAACAUCUCCUAGCGGAUAA